UUUUUUUUUUUUCUUUUUUUUUUUCGAGAGUCAUUUGUAUUGAGAGAUAUCAAACGACAAAGUUCGUCCAACGAUAUCUCAUUAUUAUAUUGGACAUUCCCUCGCCACUGCUCCGUUCAUGGUGAAUUACACGCGGUACAGGCACCAACGAUAAUCAACUCGACUCGAAAGAGGAACUCACGCGACUAAUUAUUGUCGGGAAGAACGGAAAGACGUCGCGAAAGAUGAUGGAAUGUGUGCGUGAACGUUAUGUAAAAUAUCCUUUCCAAUUCGUAAAAGAUGCAUAUCGAUUCCGCUUGAAAACUCUUCGUUUCCGUGUAAGAAAAAAGUCGAUUGCUCGAGCGAAAAACCAUUCGAAUAACAGAAAAAUAGAAGAGAUAUUUUAAUUGAUCGUGUUAUCCACGGUAUCAAUUAAAUGCCGAUUGUUACCAAUCGCCGAAUAUCCUAAAUCGUACAUCCAUCUGUCCUUGAACUUGUACGAAUGGCUUUUGUCCGUGCUGAGCGUAUAUAAGCCUGACGACGUCCUAUCACAAAGCGCAGUGUUAGAUUACCACCUCGACGUCAACAACGAGCUUCGUGUUAUUGACAAACUCGCUGGUGUGUCUCUUACAUUCAGUGAUCAAUUAAACGAACAAUCGUGAUCCUCUCGGAACGACAUCAUCGGCGAAAUUUGGACAAAACCGGUUACGAACGUCCACAUUGAAUAAUAAUAAAGAAAACGUACGCCAUGGAAAACGUACUGUCUACGGGAAUGACCAACUCUGCUCUUAACGAUGCUAGCAAGAGUCAGACCAACUUCGCGAAAGAUGUGCCGAAAAUGAUCAAGUACACGCUGGCUGAUUCAGCGAACAACGAAAUAAUUGAAAUGGACUAUGAUAUUCAAACAAUCACUAAAGAUGAUAAGCUCAGGAUACUCAAAUUUCUUCGGCGAUUCUUCUUCAGAGACGAACCGCUCAAUCAUUCGAUCGAACUGAUACCAGAAAGCGAAGACAGCACUUGCCUCGAAUUGGAAGAAUAUUGUAGCAUGUCUUCCUUUGAAAACAAUCUCAGUCUCAUGGCGGUCUCAACGAACGGUGCUAUAGUGGGCGUAAUAUUAAAUGGUAAGAAUUUGAUUUAUGCGUACCGAAGAUUAACCGAUGUUUUCACUAUUCAUUGA